AUCUACAGGUAUUAUUUUUCUUCUUUAAAUCUCAUUAUUCUUCAAUCAUAUCUCCACGAUUAGUCGCGCUUAUGCUCUAUUGAUUGAUCUACAGUUAAUUUUAAUUAUCAUCUAAUCUAAUUAAUUUCGCAUCGGUGAUUUAGUACAAGAUGGAGGCUAACAGGGGACAAAAUGGAAUCCAACUCUUGCUAGCGGCAGAACAAGAGGCUCAAAGCAUUGUUAAUGCAGCCAGAAAUGAAAAAUUGGCUCGGCUAAAACAAGCCAAAGAUGAGGCUGAGAAGGAGGUAGCUGCAUUUCGUGCUCAAAUGGAACUUGAAUUCCAGCAGAAGGUUGCCGAGAGUAGUGGAGACUCAGGUGCCAAUGUCAAGCGGCUAGAGAAGGAAACUGCAGAAAAGAUUGAAAACCUGAAGGCUGAGGCAUCUAGAAUUUCACAGGAUGUUGUCCAGAUGCUUUUGAAGCAUGUGACAACCGUAAAGAACUAAAUUCUUCAUAAAGAUCUGAGACGGGAAGUUCUAGAUCUUCACAGUUUCCUGUUUCUUUAUAAAUUUGUAGACUGGUGAAGAAAUGGCGAGUUGUACUUAUUAUUUUAUUUCCUUCAUCUGGUUGAGCAUGAUUGGUUUAAGAGAAAUAUCAACUCUGUUUGUAUCUAUUCAGAAAUGUACUAGUAGAAACCUCAUGUUCUUAAUAUUUAUCAGAACUGAAUAACAGCCUGAGUACUUGGCUGCCUUCGUUUUCUA